AUGAGCGGUCUAGAAGUAGCGGGUGUUGUUCUUGGCGCUUUCCCACUCCUACUAAGCGGCAUCGAGCACUGGCGCGACGUUGCGAAGGUCCGUAACCUUUAUUGGCACAUACGAAAGCACCAUAAGAAAUGUCAACAAGACAUUGAAUUCCACAAGGUCUUGUACACAAAGAACCUCGAGGAACUUCUGAUACCACUUGUCGGUAAUAAGGAUGAGGUUGCAAGACUGGUAGCAGACCCGGGCGGUCAGGGAUGGGAUGACAAAGCUUUGCAAAAGCUAUUGGAAGGAAGGCUGAAUGAAUCAUACGAGCUGUACCUGAGCAUCAUUACCGACAUGAACGAUGUGGUAAAAGAAUUCAACAGGGAGAUACGCUUCGAUAAAGAGAGCAUUCAAGACGGGCUCUCACUACCAGAACAGAAAGGGCAGCGUCGCAACAAAUCGCCAAGCCUUCAAGGCUUUUCAAGAGCUUCAAAGAUUCCCGUUCCAAGAGGAAAUCUGGAAUAUGAAAUGUUCCGGAUGAAGUUCAGCCUUGGGGAAAGAAAGCGAAACGAACUGGUUGACCAGCUUAAAGAAUGCAACGAGCGCCUGGAAAAGCUCAGUCUCUGCAUGUCAAGAUGCUACACCCGGAUACACCAAGCAAAUCUCAUCGAUGGAUAG